AUGUUGGCGCUCUGCAAGUUCCUGCGAGAGAAGUACAGCCUCGCCGCGGUGAGUGUUCUCCUCUGAAGUAUCUGUAGAAGCGUAUACAUGGGAUUCUGUCUUUCCACGAGAGGAAAGAGUUCAGGGGUUCAAGUUUUCUCCACUCCGAUGUGAGCAGUUCACGGAUCUGGUUAGGUGCCCAGAUCCUCUCCGAGCUUUCUGCCUGUUCAUAACCCUGGUGAUGUCUCUGUUUUCAUACCCCGACAGAAAUUCAACCUUAAGUUACGUUGAUGGGGGAGAGCAAUGUCAACUUUUCCUGUUACGAUCGUGUCUUUGAUUCUCCCUUGAUGCUCAUUUCCAUUUCUAGAUGUCCUCUUUCCAAAGUAUGGGCUGGUCACUUGUUCUUCAAAUAAAUUAUAGCCCAAUUGUUUCAGUCUUCCCUGCUGCUGUGUCUAAGUUUUUUCUUCUUUUUAUUUAUUUAUUUAUUGGUAUCUAUGUGCAGCUUAUUGUCUGCCACGAAAACUGUUUCUCUGAAGGUUGAGAUACCUUUCUCAUCAUUUCACUCAUCCUUAAAAGAAAAGAUGUUCGUAUUAAAUUGACAUGGUAAUGAAUUCAAUCCUUGUCAUUAUGACGAAGGAAAGAGUUCUGCGCUGAACCAGUGCGGCUAUCUAGUCUUGAGAUUCUUCCAGCUACUUUUCCUCAUGCCAAUAAAAUGCUCUCACGCCAGUUGAACUGGAAUGAUGCUUGGCGAUGGAGAAUCUCAGCACUCAGAAUCCUUGUCAUUGACUUUUGCUAUGACCCAUUAUAUGAUUCCAUACUAUUUCUGACAAUAGUUGCAUCGAUUAUCUUGGUCAAAUUAUUGAUCAUGUGUCAUGAUUCAGGUCACAAAUGAUAUUUUCACAAAGGAGGAUGCUGAAUUUUUGGUGAAGAAUGGGGCGCUCCCUGAGGAGAGAAUCCGUGCAGUUGAAACUGGUGGCUGUCCCCAUGCUGCGAUACGUGAAGAUAUAAGUAUCAAUUUGGGCCCAUUGGAGGAGUUGUCUAAUCUUUACAAGACGGACAUUCUUCUUUGUGAAUCAGGGGGAGGUGCUGUUCUAUUCUCACGACCCGCCUCAUCCAGAAAAUCGCAUUCUAACAAAUUUCCUCCGUACAAUCUACUUGUAAAAUCCUAUUAUUAGUGGGUCUGCAAGAACUUGUAAAAUUCGUCUUCGUUCUUGGUAUGAAUGCCGACGUAUAAGAUUUCAUCUCCCUUUUGAAGAUAUUAUUUUUUCAAUCAAGAUUUCUUCAAGUUAUUGUGACGAAUUUACAUCUCUGCCCCAUUUUUCCUCCUCACUUGGAAAAAAAGCAUCUGAUUUUUGUGCUCCGUUAUGUUCACUUCCUUAGAUUUUUGCCUCACCAGAUGAACGCCAUCAAUUGCGCCCCAUAUUAGUUUUGAUAAAUCUUCACCAGAUUUCUUUUUUUCCAUGCGGCAUAUGUUAUUUUUUUUAUUUCUUCUUGAAGAUGAGAUGCUUCCACGGUGGAGAUUUACUUUUUUGCAGUUCUUCAGUCACUCCAUGGUGCUUACCUUUCAUUGCUCCUCUGUGAUUCAGAUAACCUGGCCGCAAACUUCAGCAGAGAGCUGGCAGACUACAUCAUCUACAUCAUCGACGUCUCUGGAGGAGACAAAAUCCCCCGUAAGGGCGGCCCUGGCAUCACCCAGGCGGACCUUUUGGUAUGAGAAAUCUUCAAAGUUCUUGCCAUCUUUUGGUAAUCUCCAGUUUUUCAUUUUUUUGAUUUUUUUUCCCCCUCCUUUAAAUUCAAUAUUCGAUCUCGUGCUUUAUAAUUUUCCCCAAAAACACGGAUAAAUCGGAAUUCUAAAAAAGAAAAAAAAGAAACCCGUAUUUAGAGAAGAUUAAUUCACAGCACAUCUGGUGACAUAUCGUCAGGUGAUAAACAAGACGGACCUUGCAGCAGCAGUGGGGGCGGAUUUGGCGGUCAUGGAGCGGGAUGCUCUUCGGAUGCGGGAUGGAGGACCCUUCGUCUUCGCCCAGGUACGUGGCGGGAAUCAAUCAUUGAGGAGAAACUACCCUCAGAAAAUCCUGGGCCUUGCCCGAAAAUUUUCUUACUUUCUGUUCUUGCUGAAUUUAAAUUCAAACAUACUUCAUUCAGCUCAUAAUCCUGCGAUUAUUAAUUAUUAUCUAUAUAUAUAUAUAUAUAUAUAUAUAUAUAUAUUAUACACACACAGAGCUAUUAACAUCUCUACGCAACCCAUCUGGAUUCAUGAUUCUGUAUCCGCCCAGGAUUUAUUCAUAUAAUAUUUAUAUUUUUUUUCCCUGUGCGAUCCGCCGGAUUGAUUAUUCUGCAUGUACAGGAUUGCUUAUUUAUAAAAGUUUUCUACAUCUCGAGGUGGUCGAUCUGGAUUCAUUCAUUCAUUCAUUCAUCCGCAUGCUCUCCACCGGUGUUAUUCCAGGUCAAGCACGGGGUGGGCGUGGCUGAGAUCGUGGAUCACAUCCUGCAAUCCUGGGCGGCAGCGACGGGGAAGCAGCGCCGUUGA